GGAGAACUAGAUGACUUAGUCUCUCAUUUGGAGGACAGUAGUGAUACAGAUACAGUUGCUGAUUCAAUUCAAGGAGAUUGCGAGACAAAUGAAACCACAUUGGAAAACAUCUCAGGCACUGACAGCCAUGAAAGUGACAAUGAGAUCACCACAGAGGAACUUGCUAAAAGAUACUUCUUGAAAAUUAAAGAAGGAAAUAGACUUACGACUUCAUGUGCUAGUAAUAUUAUGAAAUCAUCUAGUCAAAUGUUAAGUGUUAUGAGAUCAACUAUCAAAAGAAAGCUAACAGACAGUCUUGAUAAUGCAAAUAUUCAUAUAGAAGAUAUCCCUGGAAUUGAAGAAGCAUUUGAGGAUGUAGAUGAUUUCAUUAAAUGUCUAUCAAAGACCUGGCUGAUGGACCAUACAGUAUCACUUGAAGAGUUGAAUAUAAAAAAGAUCCUGCUUGGAAAAAUAAAGGCUCCUCGAAAAAGGAAUGGAAAAAGAUCAAUAGUUGAAAUAGAGAAUUCUUUCUACUAUGUGCCACUGCUGCAGACCCUUCAAUUACAGCUGAACUCACCAGAACUCUUUGACAUUAUACUAGCUGGACCAAUCUACUCAAAAGACAGUGAAGUGUUACAAGACUUUUGCGAUGGCACUUUCAUGAACUCACAUGAACUGUUUGCUACAGACAAGUGUUCUAUUAAAAUUCUGCUAUAUUAUGAUGAUGUAAAUGUAUGCAAUCCACUUUCCAACAAGAAUCACAAGAUAUCUGCAUUUUAUUACCAGCUAGCUAACUUGCCAAUUAAAUAUCGCUCAAAGAUCAAAUCCAUUAACCUCCUUGCUCUUUGCACUUGGAACAAUGUCAAAGAAUAUGGUAUUGAUAAGAUAUUUGAGCCACUGGUGGAGGAACUGAAGCAAUUGGGUGACGACAGAGGAUUCCCUUUUCAAUUAUAUGGAGGAACUGUUAGUUUGCGUGGGGGAUUGCUAGCUGUUUUGGCUGACACACCUGCAAGUCAGUGUGCUGGGGGUUUCAAAGAGGGUGUCGGUGGUGCAUACAGAAAGUGCAGACAUUGCAUGGCAAAUCCUGAAGAUAUGCAAAAUAAUUUUUUUGAAGAGAACUUUGUACUACGAAAUAUGACAACUCAUGAAAAAUAUCUGGAAUUGAUUGAAAAUGCUCCAUCACAAUAUUUAAGAACAUAUUAUUCAAAGAAAUCUGGUGUUACGCGGAGAAGCAAACUUCUUGAAGCUGACAAUUUUGAUGUUUGUGAGCAGCUACCACAAGAUCUUAUGCAUAUUUUCUUGGAAGGUAUUCUUGCAUAUGAGCUUAAGCUGAUGUUGAACUAUUACAUACAUGAUGGUCAGCUGACACUUAAGGGUCUAAAUGAAAAACUAGAACACUUUCCACUUGGAUAUAAUGACAAGAAGAACAAGCCAUCACCUAUACUGGAAAGGGAUUUGGAACAUUCAAGAAGCUCAAAUUUAGGACAAAGUGCUAGUGAGAUGUGGUUAUUGUCUAGAAUAUUACCUUUUAUUCUAUCAGAUACUGUCAAUACAUCAUCUGAACACUGGCACUGCUUUACAUCAUUGUUGGAAAUAAUGUCCAUUUGUUUUUCAUCUAAAAUAAGUUACAGCAUGAUUUUGUAUUUAAAACAACUAAUACAUGGUCAUCUUUCUGAUUUCAAAAAAAUUUAUAAUGCUUCAAUUACUCCAAAACAGCAUUAUAUGAUACACAUUCCAUCUCUCACUUUAAAGUUUGGUCCACUUGUCCGCAGCUGGUGCAUGAGGUUUGAAAGCAAACAUAUGUAUUUUAAAGAAUUAGCAAGAAAUAUCAAGAACUUUAAAAACCUGCCAUACUCCUUAGUGUCAAGACACCAAGCUAAACAAUAUGCAGAAAGUAUACAGAUAAACAACAAGGGAAAGAAUCCAACAGGCUCACUUUUCCAUGAAGACAUCAGUAGUGGAAAAACCAAGACGAUUCAAAACAACAAUGAAAGGCAAACAAUUAUAAAUAACAUAUCACGCUUUUAUGAUAUGCCAUCUACUGCAAUGCCACAAGAUGAUGACAUAUUUGAAACCAGCAGCGUAACCAUACAAAACAGGCUGUACAAAACUGGUCGAAAUAACUUCUUAAUGUGUUCUGUGACACCGACUGGCCUUCCAGAAUUCGGAAAAAUUGAAAGAAUCUGGUACUUUAAUCUUGAUCUUUUCUUUGCUCUUGAAGUAGGAGAGACAAUCCGAUUUGAUGAAAGCCUACAAGCAUUUGAGUUUGAAGAGUGUAACCAAGCUCAAGGAUAUCACAUUACUAUGGAAAAAGAUCUACUUCAUUUGAAUGUUCUUCAUACUUACUCAGUAGGUGGGAAAAAAUACAUAACUCUACGGGAAAGUAUCUUUGUAUAAUGUUAAUGGAAUAUGUGCAGUGUUAUAACAUAAAAUAGAGAGGGGGGCCUUUGAGAAUAUGGUCGAGAGAAGGGAUGACUUUCUAUCUACUGUUCAACAGUUAAAAAAAACAAUCUACGACAUUGUUAAUCCUGUUUAUCGUUGAUAUUGAUUGCAUUAAAAAUAUUUGAUGCAUGUAAAAUAGUUUUCCUUAUUUUUUUGAAAUAGAUUUGUUACCAAUUACCUUUUUGAAAAGUUGAGU